AGAAACUGAUAGAGAAGAAGAGUUCAUUCGAGGAAGCUGUGUAACGUCAUUGUUGUCAGCGAGGAGAAGUGGACAGUCAGACGUUUCUGUCACAAUAUCUCACAAGAGCCCAAGGAAAGAUGAGUGUUCCCGACUACAUGCAGUGUGCUGAGGACCACCAGACGGUUUUGGUGGUGGUCCAGCCAGUGGGCAUAGUCCCUGAGGACCAGUUCUUCAGGAUAUACAAACGCAUCGCCUCCGUGGCCCAGGUCUCAAUCCGCGACUCCCAGCGGAACCUCUACAUUCGUUACCGCCACCACUACCUCCCUGAGAACAACGACUGGGGAGACUUCCAGACACACCGCAAGGUGGUGGGCCUCAUCUGUGUGACAACCUGUGGUUCUGGAAAGGAGUGGCCCCAGACAUCAGAACGUUUCCAUGGCCAGAAGGAGGUGUUCGGAGCAACACUGUACGACUCCAGGCUCCUGGUGUUUGGGUUGCAGGGAGAGAUUGCAGAGCAGCAACGGACGGAUGUAGCGUUCUACCCGAGUUAUGAUGACUGCCCUGAUGUGGAGAAGAAGGUGGAGGACUUUGUGGAGUCCAUCUUCAUCGUCCUGGAAUCCAAAAGGCUGGAUAGAGCCACGGACAAAUCUGGCGAUAAGAUACCACUGCUCUGUGUUCCCUUUGAGAAGAAAGACUUUGUCGGGCUGGAUACUGAUAGCAGGCACUAUAAGAAGCGUUGCCAGGGCCGUAUGAGGAAGCACGUGGGGGACCUGUGUUUGCAGGCGGGCAUGUUACAGGAUGCCCUCGUCCACUAUCACAUGGCUGUGGAGCUACUCCGCUCCGUCAACGACUUCCUGUGGCUUGGGGCUGCACUGGAGGGUUUGUGUUCGGCCUCUGUCAUCUUCCACUACCCCGGGGGAACGGCGGGGAAGGCUGCCGGGCGUAAUCCCAGCGCGGCCCAGGGCCAGGCAGCCGACGCAGGGAAGAGACACCGGCCAGGUGCUCUAACAACCAAUGGGAUCAGUGCAGACACCAGCAGUGAGAUUGGCCGGGCCAAGAACUGCCUGAGCCCUGAGGACAUCAUAGAGAAAUACAAGGAGGCCAUCUCUUACUAUGGGAAGUAUAAGAACGCAGGAGUGAUAGAACUGGAGGCGUGUGUGAAGGCAGUCCGGGUUCUGGCCAUUCAGAAGAGAGCCAUGGAGGCCUCGGAGUUCCUCCAGAAUGCUGUGUACAUCAACCUGGGACAGCUGUCAGAGGAGGAGAAGAUCCAGCGCUACAGCAUCCUCUCUGAGCUCUACUACCUGAUCGGUUUCCACCGCAAGUCGGCCUUCUUCAAGCGCGUGGCGGCCAUGCAGUGUGUGGCCCCCACCAUCCCAGAGCCCGGCUGGAGGGCCUGCUACAAGCUGCUGCUGGAGACCCUGCCCGGAUACAGCCUCUCCUUGGACCCCAAAGACUUCAGCAAAGGUGCCCACCGCGGAUGGGCGGCAGUGCAGAUGCGUCUUCUCCAUGAGCUGGUGUACGCGUCCCGACGUAUGGGUAACCCCGGCCUGUCUGUACGACACCUCUCCUUCCUGCUCCAGACCAUGCUGGACUUCCUCUCAGACCAAGAGAAGAAGGAGGUCACCCAGAGUUUGGAGAACUACACAUCUAAAUGUCCGGGAGGAAUGGAGGUCAUCACCCUGCCCGAUGGACUCAGACUGCAUCCUGUUCCCUUCACCAAGCUGCCCAUUGUCCGAUCAGUGAAGCUACUUGACCUGCCUGUCAGCCUGCGUCCCCACAAACAGAAAGGCCUUAUGGAAAACAGCAUGUCCACUAAGAGCCCCUUCAUCUACUCUCCCAUCAUCAUGCACAACAGAGGAGAGGAGCGCAACAAAAAGAUAGAUUUUCAGUGGGUUCAGGGAGAUGUGUGUGAGGUCCAGUUGAUGGUCUAUAACCCCAUGCCCUUUGAACUGCGUGUGGAGAACAUGGGUUUGCUGACAUCAGGCGUGGAGUUUGAGUCCCUACCUGCCGCCCUGUCUCUCCCUGCGGAGUCGGGCCUGUACCCCGUCACCCUAGUGGGUGUGCCACGCACGGCAGGGAACAUCACGGUCAACGGCUACCACACGUCAGUGUUCGGUGUAACCAGUGACUGUCUCCUGGACAGUCUGACCAGUGUGAGGACUAGUGGUUGUUUGGUGGAGGUCAUCCCAUCACUGCCCCGUCUUCAGCUCAGCACCUCUCUACCACGGUCAGCCCACCCCCUCCAGCCCUCUAAAGAGGAGUUGUCCAGUAGUGUGUCUGUCCAGCUGUUUAAUGGCGAGACUCAGCAGCUGACCAUCACACUGGAGAACAUCGGCUCUGAGGACCUGGAGACAUUGGAGAUCACCUCCAAGAUCAGCAAUACUAAAGAGAGGCUGUUUGGAGAGUUCCUGAGCUGGAGACUGGAGGAGGCUGUCUCACACCUGCCUCUGAAGCCCGGCCAGUCUGGUCACCCUCACUGUCAACAUCAAGUCAGACUGGACUUCUCUGGAGGAGAGAACCUGCUCCAGGACCUGAUGACGGAUGGGAUUAGCGUGACAGGCCUUCCCAUCUCCAGCCCCCUGAGACAGGUCCUCAAACCCCGGGCCGAGACCAGGCCCCCCGGCAGCGAGUCAAGCAAGACGGACUACAACCACGUCAAGAUGUUGGAAGCUGUGAUGACCUUUAAGUACUCGGGGGGAGCCGGCAAGGUGGAGGGCUACUAUCGGGACCUAACCCUGGGCCUGCACGUGGACGUGGAGCCCUCAGUGUUCUUCACCCGAGUCAGCACCCUGCCUGCCACCAGUACCCGUCAGUGCCACCUGCUGCUGGACGUGUUCAACUCAACCGAACAUGAGCUGACGGUCAGCGCCCAGAACAACCAGGACCUGGUGCUGCAUGCCUCAGAGUGUCAGAGGAUGGCCAUCCAGGUGGAUAAAUUUGACUUUGACACCUUGCCCCAGCCCGACCAGGAGACCGUGCGCUACACCAGCCUCAAACUCCUGGAGGAGGAGCGUCUUCACGCCCAGGCCUCCAUGAUCAACAGCACCCUGGGCAUCACCUGGGACAUUCCGUCUGUGCGACGCAAGGGAGAGGCCAGUGUGGAAGGAGUCCUCAACCAGUUGGUCCUUGAUCACCUGCAGCUGGCACCUCUACAGUGGGACGUGAUGGUGAACGGGAAACCAUGCGACUGUGACAUCAUCGCCGACUGUAAGGUGGGCGACGCCGUGCCGUUGGAGGUGAAGCUGACCAAUCGUAGUAAGAACACGGUCGGACCGUUCGCCUUGACAGUGGUUCCGUUCCAGGACUACCAGAACGGAGUCCAGAACUACGACCUGCAGGACGCCGUCACCUUCAUAGGAUCCAACACAUUCUACAUUGACACGGUGAACCCUUCAGAGGAGUCCUUGUGUCUGGGGGCCCUCCUGUUCCUCUACUCCGGAGACUUCUACCUCAACAUUAAGUUCCAGGACGACAGUGUGGGAAAGGAGCCGGGUGCUGGCCAGGGCAAGGAGCUGCCCCUGUCCUGGUUCGGCCUGCCCAGCAUACACAUCAGAGCCCAGGAGGCGCCCAUGGAGGCUGGGGCAUAGAGUCUGGCACUCUGGAAGGAAAAAUCUAAAGUAGAUUUGUUCGCUCUCUUCCAUCCACUCCAUUGUACUCCUUCAGAAAACAAGGAAGGGAGGGGACGACAGCAUUCUCAUUCGUCUCUGACAUUUGGGGGGGGGGGGGGGUGACUCAUUAGACUAUACCUGAGCCCAGGUCACUCCGUCACCAGGGGAUACAACAGUGGAAAAUGUAGGACACACUAGGUACAGUAUCACAUCAUCAGUCAUCAAUGUAUCAGUCGGUUGGAGGGAUUCCUGAUUUUCUCUCAACAUGGUACAAUCCUGAAGCCCUGCAAAUUGCAAAUGUGAUUCGUUCUUGGCUGUUAUCAUGAGUCCAACUAUUUCCUCACAACAGUGUGUCUGAGCAGCUCAGAAGAGAUACUCUCAUGUAAACACAGUUAUCGAGCGUCAUCUCCUGGGUAUUGGAUUAUACUUGUCUGUAUAGAAAUGAGACAAUAUAUUCUGACAAGCACUUUGUAUUACGCCACCACCUGAAUCCACAACCAGCUCUGUUGAUUUGUGGUUUCUGCAAUUAGCCCUUUUUUCUGUCUCUUUAUCUCUCUCUCUGACCACACACAUUGAUUUUUACAACUGAGUUUGUAUAUUUGGGCCUGUAUCUCUGGGUGUUGAUAUAAAAUAUCCUACAAUACAUGUAAAUAAUAAAUGUUGAUUUGAGCCAA